GGCCACUGGUGGAAGAGGGUCGAAUCAUAGUGAAUUCUUUCCCUGAUUUUCGUAUAAAUGGGACUCUGUAUGGCUGGGAUAAUUAUAUUCGUUCAUUGUUUAUCUGGUUAAAAACAAAUUCACCAGAAAUGUAGAAAUGUAUAAUACUAAAAUGUUACAUUCAGUUAAUGGGUGCUUGCAAACUCCUCGUGAGUGAUAAAGAUAUCAACAUUUGCAAAGUUCGAAUUGACUGAAGACAGAAAAAAUAUACAUAUACUCCAUAAAACCUAAGAAAGAAAUAUAACUCUGUCAUUCCCAAAAAUAUGAAAAUGUAAGAAAAUAAUACCUUAUUUUUGGAACAACAAAAUUAAUUGAUGCUUGUGUUAUAAACAUCUGCCUUCCAUGUAUAGUAGCAUCUAGAUCCUCAAACAAGUAUUAUCCAAAGACGUCCGAGGUAGAGGAGCAUCUAGUUUCGACUUGCGGUCUAGAACGGAUCCUGAAAAACACGAAAAGAAACCAGACGGUGUUCUCUAACGGAUCUCCGUCUCUUAACCUGACACCGGACAUAAAAGAGAACCGCAAGAAGAAAGUGGGGAGUAAAAGAAAAUAAAUAAUUAAAAUUCGCCAAAUCGGCUUCCGGCUCAACCUCGGCGCAAUAAUGACGUCACAGCCGGCAGCUCACUUCCUGCUCAGAAUCUUCUUCGUCUUGGCGGUCGCCGCCUUCUCGCUGGCCCACGCUCGACCCGAGGAGCAGGUGGACUUCGACACCUUCCCCCAGGACGAGCCCUUGGACCCUCACAUGCUCGAGGAAUUCGAAGAGGUCGUGACGUCAGCGCCUUUGGAGGAGGAGCAAGAAGGGGCGGUGGUGGAGGAGGAGGAGGAGGAGGUGGUCCCGCGGCCUUAUCCCGUGCAUGACGUAAGGAUCUACCCGAAGAAGGUGACGGACGAGACUUACCCGAAGAAGUUCCAGGAGGGCGUCGCCGCGCAGGAGAAGCCCGUGUCGGAGCCCGAGCAGGCCUCUGAGGAGCCCCUGCCCGAGGAGGAGGUUCAGCCCGAGGCUCCCGACGCCGCCGAAGUCCCGGAGGACCAGGUGGAGGAGACAGCCUCGCCUCAGCCGGAAACGGAGGAGGAGGCCAUCGAGGAGGAGCCCGUCGAGGCCGCAGCGGAGGAGGAAGGCCCGGCCGAGGAGCCCCCAGCUGAGGAGGAAGAGGCGGCGGCCGAGGAGGAGGCGGCGCCUAUGGAGGACGAGACGGCGGUCGAGGAGGAGGCGGAGGCCGGAGGGCAGUCCCCCAGGUCAGACGUGGAGGAGGACGACGGCCCUCUGGAGUACCACCCGGAGCCAGCGCCCGAGGAGAGCGGGCCCCAGGAGUACCACCCGGAGCCGGAGGAGCCCGCCAAGAACGAGACGCAGGUGGAGCAGCCGGAGGACGCGCAGGAGCCCGUGGUCAUGCCGGUGACCGAGGGCAAGAACCGCAGCGGGCAGGACGCCGUCAGCAGCAACGACCUGCCGAAGGAGCUGAUGCCCAUCCACCCCGGCGGAGGCUCCAAGUUCGAGGACCUGGAGCAGGAGCGGCUGGACAAGACCAAGAUGUCGCAGACGAAGGUGGACGACGACGACGCGGAGAACGGGAACGGCCACAACGCGGAGGGACUUUACAGCUCCUGCAGCGGCCUCCUCGCCUCGCUCCUCCUCGCCCCCCUCGCCGCUGUCCUCGUCAGAACCUUAGUCUAGGUCCUUAGAGUCUAAGAAGUUGUUCUGGAUGUUAUAAAUUCCAGCUUUUAGCCAGAUAAGAAAUACAAAAAAGAUACUAAAAAAAUGUUAUGUAUGUAGAAUUCAUGUAAAGUUAAGAACAGACCGCUAGAGGGCAGAACUAGUCACGUAGGAUGUUCUGAAGCACAAUCCACAUUUAGAACUUCGUAUUAAUAAGUGUUCAUAAUCUUUUUUGUAAUAUAUAUUCUUUUAGAUCUACAUGUAAUAUAUAUAUAAUCUUGUGUUUGGAAAUAUAAAAUUAUGAUAUA